GUGGCGCAUAUAUAUUUGGUGCCCUCUUGUACCAAUAUUUAUGUGUUGAAAUAAUAUAAUAAAUAAAUAAAUCCGUCUAACCUCACUAUUACUUACCCGACGAUCUCAGCAGAUGCGAACAACAUUUCUAAGACAUUCGUGAUCAAAUACUAGUAGUUUACGAGUAUCUUCUACCUUCAAUGACUACGUUUUACAGCCGUAAAGUAAAUCAGGACGAACUGCUGUGUAGUAUACUCGUCCCUUAAUUGAUAAACGGAUAUCUCGCCUUUGCCAUAGGUGACGUAAGUUGGCAAGAGCCGAAUGAGCUUUUCGAUUCCGUGCUGAGAUUUCAUCAGAUACCAACCCAUUAGGGCUAAUCAGACUCCCAAGAUAACUGGAGUUGCUGACGCAUUCGACUACUUCACCCCCUAUCCUUAGUUCAGGUAUUGACGCAGGCCAGUUCUGAAGCAACAAUUUUCAUUUAGAGGGGGAGAAGCGCAUCUCAAACAUCUUGGCAUUUUCGCUCGGUGCUAUCAAAAAACUCUGCAUUUCAUCAGUGUCUUUACCAAACAGGACCAUGUCGUCUGCCUUCUUGGAAGGAGAUCAAUGCCCGAUAAUGCAGACGACGAGAAAGCUAUUUGCAGCACUAACCGUGUGAUGAUGUUAAACAGAAAUGGAGAUAGAAACAGCCUAACUCUACUGGUAGUGUUCGAGUAAAGAGCCUUCGCAAUGUUUAUGUACUUCUGAGGUACGCCUUUCAAUGACAGACACUGUCACAGAACCUCUUGGUCUACAGAGUCAAAUGCAGCUUUCAAGUCAUGUUAAACCACCAUUGUUGGACGCCGAUAAGCAUGUCUGCGUCCCAACAUUUUAGGAAUGGUGAAUAUGUGUUCGAUGCAGUCACAACCAGGUCUGAAGCCAGCCUGGUCUUCUCGUGUUUGUGGUUCACGAGUCUUUGUUAGGCUUCCAAAAAUUGAGGCUAGUGUUUCAGACGUUAUAAUAGUCAAACCAAUCUCUCUAUGGUUAUCACAGUAUGAUUUUUACCCCUUCUUAUAUAUUGAGACAAUCAGUGAUUACGAUUAGUCAUCUUUUUCUGAGGUCGUCUCACACUUGACUUCUUAAUUCCGAUUUCUUUCUGGUGUUACUUACAGCCGCUAUUGUUUUCAUCUCUUUUGAUUUGCUUUCGCUCUUCAUCGUGUUCGAAGCCUGAUAGGAUAAGUUUACAAGAGUUUAUCGGUAAAAUAGAUGUUGCAGAAAUCCACUUGUUUUCGUGGCUCUUUAGUUCAAAUCGCCAAUAGAUAUCGCUGCUGUUCCCACAGCUGUUUGUAUAUCUUUCCAAGUAACAUUUGGGUCAGCCUCGUUUUCAAAAUUGCCCCAGUGUGACUUCAGUUGUUCCUGGAAUUUACCUUUGGUUUUCUCAUCGCUGAGUUUAACUCUAAUAGGUCUCCUUUAUUUGAUUUCUCUGUGUCUAGUGAGGCGGCUAUCACUUGGUCGCCCACAGCAUGGGAGGGUUCUUCUAGAGAUACUUGAAAAGGAAAUUGGGUUAGAAGUGGUCUUAUUCACCUGAGAGUGUGACCGCAGUGCCCAAGGGACAUCUGUCCGAUGUCGGUCACACACGACCUUUUUGUGAGUAAUUUUCGUGUUAGAUCCGUAUUUGUUGAGACUUUACCUCUGAAUACGAAAAUCCGUAGGACGAGGUGAGGUGUGUGCUCUUCGGUUGACGUUUUUCUAACCCCACCCUUCCUAUGUGGGAAGGCAGCACCAUUGCCACGCUGGUUGUCUGAGGGAAAUACUUUACUGCCGUCACACCUUUGUAUAGUCAGCAGUACGAAUUCGCCUUUGGACUUUGGGUUCUCUGCUUUUGGCCUUACCGCUCAACAGAUCUAUCUGGCAUGGUAGGACUUUGAGUAACGAUUGUCCCAGCCAUUAUGGCCGAUUAGUUCAUCACGACAGGCAAACCUGACCAUCUCGUCAAGGUAGCAACAACGGCCAGGACCUAAACUGUAAUUCUAAACAUAAUUGCAGAUCUGCAAUCAUUUGUGCCAAAAAUGUGUGUAUUUCUUUUGAUUCAUUCUUACAUCUAUAAGGCGACCUUUUUUUCGUUUAGGUAAUCAAAAUGAUUCAGUGCGAACACCGAACGCCAUACUUGGAACUCGCUAUUGAACAUAUUGUGUUUAUUUUCAAACUCCUCUGGUGCUAUUUUCGUGAAGUUGCCAGCUACAUUUUGCAAACAAUCAGUCCAGUUUAUAAGGAUCUUUCAUCGGACGUUAUACUUGUCACUGGUGCAGGAAACGGUAUUGGCAGGCUCAUGUGUUUGGAGUUUGCGAAAUUUUGUCCAAACAUAAUAGCUGUUGAUAAGAAUGAGAAGAGCCUAUUAGAAACAUCCAACUUGGUUCAUAAGGAAACUAACAUUCAAAUUAAAGUUUAUGUAUGCGAUUUAAGACACAAAAAAGCUAUUGAUGAACUAUCGACAAACGUUUUGAAAGAAUUUGGAAAAGUUACUGUUUUAGUGAAUAAUGCGGGUGUCAUGAAUGCAGAUUUUAUCACUGACCUAACACAGGAUUCCAUAGAAGAUUGUUUCCGAGUCAAUGUCUUGUCACAUUUCUAUUUAAUUCAAGCAUUCUUACCAUCUAUGAUUAACAAAAUAGAUGAGAAUUCAAGUUCUGGUAUUCCAGUCAAAUUUCGUCAUCCCAGAGGACACGUUGUUUGUAUUUCAUCAAUAGCUGGUCGGGUACCUUUAGCUGGUGGUGCAGACUAUUGUGCAUCUAAAGCUGCAGCUCUAUUAUUUUCUGAAUCAUUAGAAUUGGAGCUGCUUAAGUUGGGUGUGGAUGAUGAAAUUCGUGUUACACGUGUAUUACCUUUUCUACUUAAUACAGAUAUGUUUAAGGGUGUUAAACCCAAACAUCCUUUGCUCUUCCCUACUGUGGAUGCUAGCUAUUGUGCAAGUCGAAUCGUUCAAUCUGUACGUUUAAAUGAACGAGUUGUUUAUGUAUCGGCCCGAUAUCGUAUACUGCCCAUCUUACAAAUACUUCUUCCAACUAAAAUGAUCCAUUGUCUGUAUGAAUACGCUAAUACAGGCAUGUAUGUUGAUCAAUUGAAGCUUUAUCGAAAAAAAGUCGGUGCCUUCAGCUAACCAAAACACUUAAUUAUUUGAAAAUCGCCUAUUAUAUACAUCAUAAAUACUUUAAUUAAUUCAUUUAAUUCUCUUUACGUUUAAAUGAGCUCUUUGAUACUUAUUUAUCUGUUUUUUGCAUAGAUAAAAAAAAAGUAUUGAUUACGAGAUAUAAAGUUGUGUUGUGAAAAGUGUUUUAUGUGUUUAUCGUGUGCUUUUUUUCAAUAAACUGCAAUUAACAACCACUUGAUUAUCAUGCGUACUAUUACACUUGUUUUAUUUUGUACUGCCUAAUAACACCUCGAAUAUGUUCAGUGUCCUUUGGAUAUUUAAAACAUCUUAUAUGCUCGUUUACGGUUUUUUCAUACAAAAGUUAAACUUUUAAUUUCCUUCCGAUAAACAAUGUGACUAGUAAAAAGUUCAAACGAUUCAGUCGAUAUCAUAUCUUUUCAUGUUUAAUUUUGACCCAUUAUGCAACAAUCAGUGUUACACCUUACUACCAGAACUCUGCAUAUUUUCUCUAUAAAUUAGCCAUUCGUGAUCGCAUAAUAUUUAUCAAUCUGUUGAUUGUGUCGAAUGUUAUUGAAAUUUAUUAUAACUUGUGCCCCUAUCAAUAUAUGACUUAAUGAUAUCAUCACUUAGA